CCCUAAAAAAAAUAAAAAUAGAUCUGCACGCGGGAGUGGUGUUAGCCUUCCUCCUGCAGUCCUGCGUAUUAACUCUCGCCGUUCGCGAAUUACUCUAAUCGGUGCUCCUCGCACUUUCCCGAUUCAACCCCUCGCCGAACUGCUCGCCGCUCCGAUAGCUCGCUGAUAACUGUAACGCAGAAACGACGAUUCACUCCACAAGAAAGCACAUCCCAUCAUUCGCUCCAUUUCCAGGAACGCACAUCCACAGGCUAUGGGUUUCUGGAGGCUGAUGGAAGGUUUUCUGCUUCUCGCAAAUGCAUUGGCAAUAUUGAAUGAGGACCGGUUUCUUGCUCCUAGGGGAUGGAGCUUUUCAGAAGUCUCAGGAGGCAGGACUAAAACGCUGAAAGGACAGCUUAUAGGGCUCAUCUAUGCAGUCCAGUACUUGAGAUUGCCUCUGAUAGCUCUCAAUAUCAUUACCAUCGUUGUACAGCUGGUAUGGUGAUAAUGUUGAACAGGUGAAAGAGACAUGAUGGCCUGAAUACGUUAGUCAGAUUUUUGUCCAACAACUCUGUUGUAUCUCGUGAUAUGUUGUGGUUAGGUUAGGAAUGUUUGUAAGAUUACUGAGGUUUCUGACUCUUGCACUAUUUGAACCAUAGUGUGUUGGAUGUUUAUGCUAGAUGCUGUAAGGUUUCCUUUCAGAGAGAGAGAGACUUCUGCUGAAACCAUUUCAUCCCCCUUCGUUGGAGGAGAACCGGUUGGAAUACCAUUUUAAUAGAUCCAAUUUGUAAUAGAGAAAUGUCUUGUUUAGUUUCGAUUAUUUUUUA